GACGACUUCAACUUGCUUUUCUUGUCUCUAGCCCAGACCAGAGAUCACCCUCUGAAUACUAGCCGGAGCGCUAGAAACGGAGUCUAAUAAAAGUGGCGAGUCUCAAAUCAUAAAACAUAAAUAUGGGGGGAGUACCGUCAGUCCCAAGAGACCGGACCAGAAAAUUGGAAGUCAUCUCAGGCGCGUAUUCACGCACGGGAACAGUCUCCCUGUCGCUGGCACUGGAAACACUUCUCGAUGGCCCCGUGAUGCAUGGAGGCACCCAGCUCAUCGGAAGGGAGGAUGCAUAUGUCAAGCUCUGGCACGAAAUCUUCGAGGCGCGGAAGGCAGGUGACAAGGCCCGGACGCUCAAGCUGCUGCGCGAAGCGACGGCCGGCUUCGUGGCCAUCACCGACGUGCCUGGCAACUGCCUGAUCCCGGAGCUGCGCGAGCUCUACCCGGAAGCCCAGGUCAUCGUGGUCAACCGGGACAAAGAAAGAUGGUUCGCCAGCAUACGGCUCAUCGUACAGCAGGCGACGCCGUGGUGGCUGCGCUACCUGCUUGCCCCGUGUCCCGGCUGGCGUUGGUUUGCCCCCGUCAUUGACCAGGUCUCCGAUGUGGCGCGUGAAAGAGCCCGUGAGCUGGGAUGGGGCACACUCACCCCGAAAACGCUGGAAGAACACAACAACUGGGUGCGAGACAUCACGCCGCCCGAGCAGUUCCAUGUCAUUGAGCUUAAGGACGGUUGGGAGCCGCUCUGUCAGAUCCUCAACAAGCCCGUGCCGAAGGAGCCGUUCCCGCGAGCCAACGACGCCGAGGCUGUCAAGCAGCUUUCUAAGGACAUCUUCAUGAAGGCUUCGAUGGUCUGGGUCGGGAUUCUGACGGGAACUGCCGCGCUGAGCUAUGGCGGCUGGUGGGCCUGGACGAUGGCGUCAUCGGCAUAGUCGCCGAGUGGCUGAAGCGUUCACUUAUACCAAGUUGUAUAAGGUAGGUAUAUUGGAGAUCAUACUAUAUAUCCUAGCUUAC